UUAUAUCAUUUCCCGACUCACAUCGUUCUGAACAUAAUGUGGCCAGCCUUGCGAGAAAAAUUUGCAUUCCAUAAAUUUCUACAAGAAUAGGGUUUUCUAUUAAACCGACAAGGUAAUCCGGUCAUUAAGUGCAAAGCUCAACACCUUUAAUGUUGAGAGAUGAAAUAGUUGACGAUUUCUGUCAAUACCCAUAAGCUCCUUGCCACACCCACACAACAAAAUUCUUUCUAAUAGCCCAUUUAUUUAUGGUACACAGGUGACUUGAACUAUAUAACAUAUGUGGAGCGUUCACUUGUAAAUAGUCGGGGAGAUUUACGAUGGCGCAACUAAGAUCCAGGAUAUCACAUUACUUUCAUGACAAAACUAGAGAACAGAGUACAAAGUCGAUCACAAAUACAAGGCUUAAUCGGUUUAAAUACAAUGUCUGUUAGAUUAGUUACCCGUAUUUGAAGAUUACAAAACUACAUAAGUAAUGUCUGGUUUUGAUUUGAUUGCUGUUUAAUACAUACUCAAUAAUUCUUCACAUAUAUAUGCACCGGAUGCCUGUUUUAUGGAUAGAGGCAACCUGGUUCCAACACUCCAUUGUAAUCAGCAUUUUACAUGCAGCCGGUAGAGAUACAAGGACAUAAGCGCUCAAUUCGUUGAGGAAAAAAAGUCGAAGUAUUAGCUAAAACUACAACUGUGCACUGUGACAUGCAGUCAUUUAUGCUUGUACUGUAUGUAAUUUUUUAAAUAAAAAUACAAAUACCAUAGGCCAAUCACAAACUCUGUAACUUCAAAAACAAAGAUAUAUUAUAUUCGUACCAUAUAGCUAUCAUUCUAAGCAUGUAUCACGAUCAGAAAGCGUUUAUUUAAGUAAACCAUCGCCCUUUGCCAAAUACCUAACAAACGUCCUUACUUAAUUCAGGCCCUACCAAACCAGCAAAAGCUGGAUAUGAUCCUGGGACCUCAUGGUCGGGUCACGAACCGAUCGGCCCAGACAAGAACAACUCUACAUCCGUGGCCCAUAAUGCUCUCCAUCUCGUUAAACGGUCUUGUAUGACAUAUAUACAUGGGUGCAUCAGACGUGGUAUUGAUCCACUGUUUCUUUAGCCAAUUACACAUAGUAAAAAGCAACAUUUCACAUCGCCAUGUGACGUAGUCACAGAGACACAGAGGAAGCACUCUGAUUGGUUCAGUCAGCAAAGAUAACAGAAGACGGUACCCGAUUAUUCAUGUCCCUAGAGAUUUAAGUCCGUUCAAGAACGACUGGAGAAGCGUGACUUUAAACAGUUACGCAUGCAUAUCACACAUUUAUACACCGGCCAUUUCAUCGCCAAAACUCUAUAUGUAAUUGUGCAUCGCCGAAUCAACAUGCAUGCAUUCAGUGAAAGGGAAAUGCUGUUUAGAGCCGGUAGUGAACGAAUUAAAGCUCUUGUCACAUGCACCGUAUGGUGUAAUUUACUUUUAUUUACUUAUUUGUUUCGAUUUACGCCUUACUCAAUAAUAUUCUAUUUACUUUACUAUAAUACAGAUACUCCCUCAAUGAAACGCUUCGUGUGUAGCACAAUUUAUGUCUUAGAAACUUUAAGGGGCACUAUAUACAUUUAUACACAUAACAACAAAACCUCAAUGGAGCGUCGGGAGAGGUAGAUCCAGGGUCAAUCCUGGAUCGAGUCACACCUAACACCUUAAAAGAGGAAGUUGUAACUUCCUCGCUUGGCGUUCAGCAUGAAGAGGAUAGUGCAACGACUGUUGACCCGUAUCAGUAUAAUGGCUCUUGCGGCUUACUUGCCUUCGGUAAAGCCUCUCGCUUUAGCAGCACUAGACAACAGAGCGGUGGAAAUCCGUCCUGCAAAAUGGAGGCACAUUACAUGCACUCUAAGGAUAGCUUCGUCGUCAUAUGACUGAAAAAUUGUUAAGUACGACAUUAAACCCCACAAGCACUCACUCACUCACCCAAAGGAGCGCAAGGUCAUGGAUACAGGGUUGUUCAAAUCUAAAGGCCUAUAUAAAUUUAAGAGUUAAAUCUUGGUACACGUAUCUGUCACACCAUAUAACAGAAAUUAUUGCAACCUUAGUCACUAUUAAGGUUAAUUUUUAAAUCUUGAUGCAUUUUAGAAACGUAUCCCUGCAUAUAAAUAUUCUACUUAUAUCGAAACCUUGAGCUGAGGUUGGUUAAACCCAUACUUUAGGACGAAGGUGUUUUAGACAGGUUUCAUUGAAAUUUGCAAAGAUAUUUCCAGCAACUAUUCUGAUGAAUUGUGCAUUGGGGUCUAUAUUACGGUACAAACAGAUAAUAAAUUACACAAAACACACACUUGGCCAUUGUAUGGUAGUGGAAAAUCCAUCAAUUGGACGACAAAGGUCUCAUGGUAAUAUCCCUUUAUUAACUGUCGAAGUAUACAUUCGAGUUUCGCCAUUAACAGCUGUAUACUAUCUCCACAUUAUUUCACACCGCAUUGAUCUUUCUCACUGGGCCAUGUCCCUAAGCCACGAACGUUGGCUAACAUUGCGAGACUACUUUGUGCUCCGUAGCUAUCGAUGCCAACUCUUUAAUUCUCACCGAACAUAAAAUUCGAUUUUCGCUCGUAAUCCAGUCAUUGAGAAAAAAAGGAGUCAUUAGGUGGUCACAUAAAAUCGUUUGGGGCGUGACGUUAGUCUAUAACACCUAAAGAAAGUCUCCAGCGUUGGGUACCCUUGUUAAUUGUAUACGACACACCGUAACCCACGGCUCGACAGCCGCCUAAUUUUCGCGCUUGAAUACAGACACAUUUUAGGGCUUGUGUGCUGUUUUACGUCUCUGUUACGGCGUCCCUAUAAAGACACAAUAUGUUACCCUCGUUCCAGGCGGUACCCUUGCAUUACGAGUUGGUCGUUGAACGUGAUACAGUAUAUAUUCUUGCUAAAUACCGAUGUACAGAAGAGAGCCACUGCACGAUUGCCUUAGCAUGUUCUAUCCAGUGAAUAGGAAGGAUUAGGGAAGUCAUCUCCUUUGGCACAAGCGAUUCAAGGCGAGGUGAACAGGGGCAUUUGAGGUUUUAUGCGAAUUAUUCGGGAAAUAAGUGACAUUGCGGGAUGACAAGUAAAUACACCUAAAUCACGUUUGCAGUGUUUGACCAGAGUGUACAGGCUACCGCUUAGGGGCUUUUCACAAGAGUUGACAGGAUGAUCUAUAAACACAACCGUUCAAAGGAUGUUCACCUCAGGUUAACUUCUUAAAGUAUGACAGGAUGGAUGCCUUCACAGCCGGAGCCCUGAAUCCAGUGUCACCAAUUGAAUUCUCAUUAGUUUUACUGACACAGCCAGACGAAGAGGUUUUUGUAAAAACCGCCAUAACGUCACUUCUACAAUGGAUAGAACCUUCACUGCAGAUAAUACAUGUGAAAUCGCCAGUUAGACCUACCGAAAAGCUAUGCCGAUCUGGACUAGAGGUCAGGAAGUCCAUGCAGCAGCAUGGACACAGAGCUGUUGUACCUGCCAUCAGCAUCAUGCUGUUUUUACCGGAGCAUGGAAGUCUCUCAUUUCAUGACAUACGUGAAGUAUUGUCUAAGGCACCAUGGAAGUUUCACCAUAAAAUUGAACUAUCCAGCAGAAGAACCCCAAGCUUCAACAUUGCAAGGCAGGAGUAUUUCUUUCUUAGGGAAGGUCUACCUCUUUGGUCUGUAAACCCCGUGCACCGUGGGAAAGAACACAUAAGAAUAUGCAUAUUUGCUCGCAAUUUUCAGGAAAUGGUGGAGUUCUACAGAUUUGUAACUGAUCGGGAAAUGGAGAGUACGAAGCCUGGUUUCUGUACGUUUGUGCUGUACAGUAGCAGCACUGGUGGGUUGGGUGUACAACUAACAAUAAAGUAUUCCCCAAACAUUUUGCCGCAGACAAUGGAUCCAACGUUUCUCUUUUUCAAGAUAAAGGAUAUUAGAUCUUUACGUCCCAUGUAUCAAAGUAAACUCUUGCGACUGCAAAGCGACACUUACAGACUUACUGAUCCGGAUGGCAACCAUGUUGUUUUGCAAGAAGUACGCGUUAAGCAUUUUCCAAGACCGACAGAAAAGGAGGGCAAAAUGUUAGUAUCAAAGUACAAUGACGCAAACAGCGAAAGUCAAGAUUCUGGAAGAUGGAGUAAUAACGAUACUUACGUUACGACCAAUCAUAACUGUAAAACAGAAUUAUGUGCUUAUGCUGGAAGAAGUUCAGACAUUGAAACCAUAAGUCAAAUAAGUUUUGCCACAACUGGAGCCAUCUGUAACAAUUUCCAGAAAUAUCCACUUCAUGUAACAAACUCAUCAGAGUUCAACGAAGUGUGGUUAUAAGAGGUACCGUUGAAAUAACAGUAUUUACAUUUUGAGAAAUCAUUUAACUUCAUUACCUUGUCUAAUUUCAGAAAUCUAUAUUUCUCUGUGGUUUCCUUCAACAUGAGUUCUUCUUGUUGAGGUUAUCAGUAUCUAUUCCGUAUAACCUCCUCACCCAAAAUGCUUUCUGAAGGCCAUUUUGGUACAGGCUCUAAGAACAGUUACUUUUUUACAUCUACAUUUUGAAGGGG